AUGGAUAGCAGCCCUCAAGGUAUACUGCUAUGCGGCCCACCUGGAUGUGGUAAAACUUUGUUGGCUAAAGCGAUUGCGAAUGAAACGGGUAUGAACUUCAUCAGUGUGAAGGGACCUGAAUUGUUGAGUAUGUCAUCAGGUAGUGCAAGACUUGUAAAUCAGUUGUUGACUGAAAUGGAUGGUAUUGAGUGCCGAAAACAAGUGUUCCUUAUUGCAGCCACCAAUCGACCAGGUUUACUUUUUGUGUGA